CAGAAGCUGAAGGAGAUGUUUAUAUCAAAAUUUGGAUCGGCUCCCAGGUUUUAUGUUCGUGCACCAGGGCGAGUCAACUUAAUAGGAGAACAUAUAGACUACUGUGGUUAUGCUGUGCUCCCUAUGGCUAUAGAACAAGAUAUACUGAUUGCAGUGGAACCUGUAAAAACUCAAGUUGUGCAAUUGGCAAAUACCAAUUCUUUGUACUUGGAUUUCAGUACUAAUGUUAAUAACAUUCAGAUUAACAAAACCAAACCUCAGUGGCAUAACUACUUCCUGUGUGGACUGAAGGGUAUUCAGGAACAUUUUGGUCUUAAUAACCCAACUGGAAUGAAUUGUCUGCUAGAUGGAACCAUCCCUCCGAGUUCUGGUCUCUCUAGCUCCAGUGCUUUGGUGUGCUGUGCAGGACUCGUGACACUAAGAGCUAAUGGAAAAACCCUCUCUAAGGUGGAACUUGCAGAAAUUUGCACAAAGAGCGAACGUUAUAUUGGCACAGAAGGUGGAGGAAUGGACCAGUCGAUCUCUUUUCUGGCAGAAGAAGGAACUGCCAAGUUGAUAGAGUUCAGUCCUCUGAGGGCAACUGAUGUUAGACUUCCAAGUGGAGCAGCGUUUGUUAUUGCUAACAGUUGUGUUGAAAUGAAUAAAGCAGCAACUUCUCAUUACAAUAUUAGGGUAAUGGAGUGUCGUCUGGCUACAAAGCUUCUCUCAAAGUCAAAAGGCUUGGACUGGAAAAAAAUGUUGAGACUCCAUGAUGUGCAAACCAAGCUAGGAGUUAGCCUAGAGGAAAUGCUGACCAUUGUCGAGGAGGUAUUACAUCCUGAGCCUUACAGCACAGAGGAAAUUUGUAAAUGCCUGGAAAUUAGCCUGGAGGAGCUCCGCUCUCAGAUCCUGAGUCAAAACACGCAAGAUGUUUCCACCUUUAAGUUAUACCAGCGUGCAAAGCAUGUGUAUAGUGAAGCUGCCAGAGUGCUGGAAUUUAAGAAGAUAUGCAACGAAGCACCUGCCAAUGCAAUCCAGCUGCUGGGAGACUUAAUGAACCAGAGUUAUAUCAGCUGCAGGGAAAUGUAUGAAUGCAGCUGUCCUGAACUGGAUCGGCUGGUAGACAUCUGCCUGCGAUUUGGGGCCAUCGGGUCACGUCUGACUGGAGCUGGAUGGGGUGGCUGCACUGUGUCAAUGGUGCCUACUGACAAGCUGAAUACUUUCCUAAAAAAUGUACAAAAAGCUUAUUACCAAACCGAUGUCCAAAGGUUAGCAUCGGAGAAUAAUAGUCUGUUUGCUACCAAACCUGGAAGAGGAGCUUUGGUUUUUGUUGAGGCCUAAAGAAUGUAAGAAUUUUAAAGAAACUAUGUAGGGCAUUUAGAACUGGCAGUACUUCCCAUGCCACAGUAAAUGAAUGCCUUUUCUGUUUUUUAUUGUAAUGAGCAGUUGCUAUUAUCAAAAUAUAUUUCUGAAGAAACAAUUAAAAGAAAACUCUUUGAUUAUAAAGUCUGGUUUUUUUCCACCCUAAAAAUAUCUUUCAGUGUAAACUUUGAUUUACAAAACCUGUUGACAGGGAAACUGAAAUUGAAGUAAAAAUGAUACUUCGUUA